AAAUUGUAAACAAACGAGAAAAUGUAUUUUUCUUAUUUUCUUGAUUUUUAUUUCUAUACAUUUUUAUUUUAAAAAAGAGCUAACCUCCACCUAACUAUUCUAGGAUGGCGUGUACCGAAAUUAUGUCAACAUACAUAAAGAAGUUGAGUCAUCCACUAAAAGAAAUACGUGAGCGUUCUCUGCAGCUACUUGUAGCCAAGUUACGAUUAGGCUGGGAGUUGGAGGAUGAGCUGGGUGGGACUCGAGAACUGCUGGAGGCUUUAUUGGCUUGGUUUGAAGUACAGCAACCAACCUUACAGCGAGAGGCACUUCAAUUACUUCUGUCUACUAUCAAGACAAAAGCAGGCACUUACAUAGCAAGAGAGUUUGGUGUUAAAAAAAUGAUAUUUUCUUUAAAUAAAGUCAAAUUAAAAAUAAGUGCAGAUGCUAUGGAGUUGUAUCAUGAUGUUCUAGAAACACUUAGGUUCCUUAAUACGGUGGAGUCUGAAGAAAAUGUGGCAGUUCCUCCUCUCACAUUGCAUUCAUUGGCUAAUUCAGAAAAUGAGGAUGGGUCCACAAGUAGUGGUUGCUACAAUGUGGGCUACACUUCUCAAUCUUCCAAGGGGACAUCUAGUACAAAUGAACAACCAGAGUUGCAUAUAAAUUAUUUAUUACAGCCUACAGAAGGUGUGAAGGUGUUGUUAUUUCCAUGGGUGGAGCUUUGCUCUUCUGACUCCAAGACCAUACUUUUAGUGGAGGAUGCCUUGAAACUGCUGAAGUCCACAAGAAGAUGUUGCAGAUUCAUUUGUGAUGUGUUUCUGCAAGACUUUCCUGCCGACAUUUUCCUUAACAGACCUUCUAUAAUACAGAGUUUGCUUACGAUAGCAGAUAGAGGGCAGCACAGUAGCCGACCAGGAGAUGCUCUGUAUGUGCUGCUGGCUAUCACCUGCACCCUGCGUACUCGUCUUCGACAGCUAUCUUCACUAGACCUGAUUCACGACGCUAAUAAGAUAUCAUUUGAACACAAAGACUCAAUAGACACUGUAAAUAUUGAGUUAGAGCAGUUGGCUGGAGACAGAUUAGACUUGCCCAGUGAGAAUGCGACGUUAGCGGCGUUGAAGCAACUCCCUGCGCCGAUAUUUGCCCUGGAUACAUUGAACACAGUACUAUCUAUAUUGGCUAGGAGUAUUGCAUUGGUAGACCCAGUAGAAAAAUCUGAGAUUCUAGAUUUACGAGAAUCAAACUUAUGUUUGAGCCUAGUAGAGAGCCUCGUACAACUUUUAUUGGAUUGCGUCGAUGAAGACUUUUGGUACAUAGAACACAAUUCUAAAACUUUAAGAGACAUAGCGCACAAAAGCUGUAUGGCGAUGCGAUCGCUGGGGGAUCUUCUGGCGAAAUACAGGAAAUCGUUCUCGGAGGACCCGAACAGGAGUCACCACCGCGUUUCAUGGUUGCGGCUGAUCUCUUGCGCGGAGAGACUGCUGUCGUGGGCACGGCACUCCGCUCUGCCGCCCUCGGGCCUCGCACUAGCGCUGCAACUCGCACUACUAGAUCCUGCAUUGGAACUGCUGUAUCCGGAGCUUUGUAAGAAAGUCUCCGCUGUUUUAAAGAACACAAAAGUAGUCGUAAACCAAGAUUACAAGAGUAAAUAUCGAGAGCUGAAGAAGCUAUUUGCCAGUAUGGAAGAGGCGGCUCACUUUAUGAAGAACAAAAAUGGUCGCAUAUCUAAAUCUGUUCUAGGACGGAUAAAAACAUCCCUACCCGUGCUAGAAUUACAUCUAAGCGAGGCUUACUUGAAUGAGAUAUCUGAUAUAAUCUUGAAUGGAAACAAGCAAUUCGAGUUGGAUGAUAAUGAUUGGAAUUUGAUAAGGAGUAUAGCAUUGACGUUAAUGGCACAUAGUAUAGAGUGGGUGCAGGUGAAGUUCUACAGAAUGGUAGCGGAUAUGGUUAGAUCCGUGUUGGCUGGGGACGAGGCGAACCAAGCUGAUAAUGAAAAGAGUCUUACACUAUUGUGUGAUGUUGGAGUGCUCACGGAGAUCUGUUGUCACGGUCUUUCGUCGAAAUUAAAGGAGGUGGAAUCUUGUGCUGCUGACAUAAUGCUAUACUUGCUGCGCGGUCGGCUGGUGCUGAGCGACUCGUGCUGGUGGCGCCUGCUGGCCAGCCUGUUGCCUGUCUUGCCGCUCCUACAUGUAUAUGCUAAUGAUGAGACGCAACUAGGGCAAGCGAUCUGCAAGUCGCUAGAGAGCGACAUUGCGGAGUGUCUCGGUGUGGCGCGGGCAGAAGUGCGCGCGGGGCUGGUGCGACUACUCUACGUGCGCUGCCCCGCCGUGCAGAUGGACGCUGCGCAUGCGCUGUGCCGUCUGUUAGAUGACGAGAAAUAUCUGCCACCGCGAGAGGCGCUACGCACAGACGUGUUGAUGGGCGCGCUGCUAGCUGUGGAGCCGCAAGAGUUUAACGUCGACUACAACCAUUCGCCAUCGAAAUGCACAUCUACAACCGGCCUAAUUCAAAUCUUAGACGUCCUGAAGCAGGACAUAGUACUAGAAGACGACAGUAUACCACAACGUCGUCCAUACAUGUCGCCGGCGCUGGAGCCGUCGCUGCGACGCAGCACGCUGCAACAACUAGCGGUCAUAUUGCGACAACAAGAGUUACAUGACACCUUCCUGCAGUGUGACGGGCUGAAAGUCAUUGUGGCUACCCUCAGGAUGUCAUUGAUGGUGGACGAUUACAUGGCGUUUCCGGAGUGUGCUAUCAGCUGCGUGUCAGUGUUGAACAGCGUGUGUUUCACCAGUCGACACGCUUUGGCCAAAAUAGCUGACCUGCCUUUACUUUUGUUGCGAGUGAUCCUAGUGUUCCCGGCGAAUGAGUCAGUGGUGCUGAUGGCAUCACAAGUUCUCGCCCUGACGGCGUGGUCGGGUUUCGCCCUGCAGGAGCUGGACGCGAGCAGGCACCGUGUGCCGGCGCUGCCGCUCAGCGUCACCGAGCACACGUCGCUACCAUUCGUCGCCAAUAGUUAUUGGAACACUAGUCCUAACUCUGAACAUUCUUCUAUUGAAUGGCUGCUAUCGGACGAAGACGUGCGCGCAGCCAUCCGCGUGCGCUGGUGGUGCGCAUGCGCGGGCAGCGCGCACGUGGUCCGCGGCGCCGCGCCGCCGCCCGCGCCGCUGGCGCUGCGCCCCACGUCGCGCGACCUGGCCGCCCUGCGCGCCGCCUGCCCCGCUUACUCCUGCACUAAACACCUGCUAGAUCUCGAGAACGCUACCUCGCAUAAACAGGUCGAUGAGGCGCUCAAUAUGCUGCAGAGCUACACCCACCUGCAAUCGCUAUCGUCAGUAACCAGCAAGGAGCUGGGCUCGCUGCCAUGGCAUCACACGCGGCGGUUCCUCUGCGCUCCCCCCGCCUCGUCCCGCGACACCGCGCUGCUCAUGUCUCUAUUACGGUUCAUACUCGCUUACAUGGAUAAUGUUCCAAGCGAUGCUGGAGCAAUGUUCUGGAUAAAAUCAUUAUUCAUAAGCAGCGACGCGACAGUAAUAUCUCUGCUUAGUCGCGACGAAUUCUACAUAGAACAAACACCGCAGGAGAGCAUUGAGAUCACUCAGCUACACAUAUAUAUAGUGAAGGUUAUAUUGAGAUGCAUCAAAUUGUUGGAGAACAAUAAUGACUACGACAAUAAUAAGAUGGAGAGCCUAGUCAAGAUACUCCUGGCGUGCCUACAUAGAGUCGAUCUGAAGAAUUUUCACAUGCUCGGAUACCUUAACGAGUUGGUGCGUUGCAUACGGUACGCUCUCAACUCCCGGUAUUGCAAGCUAUCUGAAGAGACGCUAGUGCAAUGCUUGAAGACCAUGGCAGCGACGCUAGCAGGGUGCGCAGCGGGCGGUGGGCGCAAAGGACAGGCAUGCAGACUAGAUGCGACACUUUCAUUGCUCGCUCUCCUAGCGCAGAUACACAAUGAACGCAUACCUGUGCAGAGAUGGAGCGAGGCGUGGAACUACGAGGUGGUGUGCGCGGUAGUGAAGAGCACGCGCGGCGCACGCGCAGAACUGCGCGCGGCGGCGCUGCACGUGAUGGCGGCGCUGGCGCACCACGCGCAGCUGAUGCCCCAGCUGCUGCAAGCCGUAUCCAUGGAUUCCCUGUCACAAUUUGCGGCGGCCACAUUUGCGGAGGAGCGGGAAGCCAACGUGGUUCGAUGCGCAGCCGCCGCCUUGCUGACGUCAUUAGCCGCUAGAAUCUCUUCACAUGUCGAUGUGUUAGACAAUCAGAUUUUAGAGCAGCUAAGGGCGAACAACUUUGUGGAAUGCUGUGUUGACAUACUCGUCGACUUUUGUAACGAGAAAGCAUACGUUAGUAAUAUCGAGCCAAACAUCCCAUGUUCCGUUCUGGAAAGAAGAACGGAACUGGAAGUACGCGCGCAGAAGUGUGGGGACGUGCAUAUAUCACCGUCGUUGGUGGCGCUGCGCGGGCGCCCGCCGCCGACGCCCUCUCUAGUCGCAGCUGUAGCUGACGUAUUGUUCAAUGUGAACGGGUUGUCCGGCUGCCCUGUGCAGGCUUGGAAUGAUCGCGGCUUAUAUCGACUGUUAUUUAGAUGCGCGUCGUGGUCGAAAGGCGAUGUCGCGGAGGCAUAUCGCGUGCGUCUCGCGUCGUGUCGCGCCUUGACUGUGGCCACCACGUACAAAUGUGUACGCUCAGCUCUCGCUACCACUAAGGACUGUCUGCUUAGCUUGCUGGCCACAUUGACGCCGUUUGAUGAAGAGGAAAUCGACAUCAACCAUAUGAAAGCGCGGACGCAGGCGUUGCUCCUUCUAUCGACGUUACUGACGGAGCGCGCUGUUAGCGACACCUUGUGGCGGACCAUGCGAGAUGCGAAGUCCUCGGCGUUUAUACAUACACUGCUGCAGUCUCUGCAUUCUGAUGACAUUGAUUUACAAGACGCAGCACUGUACUGUUUGACACAGUUCGCUCAGUCAGCUGUUCAAAAGAAGCAGCCAGAUAAGACGAGGGAUGAAAUCCGUGUCGGGUUCUUCGACAGUGUAAAGUCUCCAUUUGGAAGGCAACUAGAUGCCAGACAAGGGGCCGGCGAUGGAGACGACUGCGAACCAGAUUACAUGGCUGAGAAACUAUGUAAAAUACUUAUUCAUCUGUACAAGAAACUCUCCACGGAUGCUAAGAUUUUUGGGAAUCAAGACGAGCGCUGGCACCGCGCGACUUCCUGCCUGUCGUCAGUUUUAUCUAUAAGCCCGCGCUGCCGUCAGUACGGGGUGCACAGGCAGUUUCCACGAAUGCUUCUAGGCACCCUGCAAGCCGUCAGGGACCGCCUUGCUUUACAUGGUUCUAUUGACAGUUUGAGAAACGCUGCCAAAAACCCCACACUAGCAACUCUGUACUGGCUGCUGACACUGAUGGACUGCCACAUGCUAGAUUGCGUGCCGGCCAAGGACACCUUCGCAGAGGACGGUAUAGCGCUGUCGCUGAACCGCCUUUGGCCGUGGUGUAUGCUCACUCCCGAGCUACGAGAGGCUAUACUACAUCUUCUCUUUACGUUCACCAAUGAUUCUGCUAAAGCAUGGGGAGCGAUGUCCUCGUGUGUGGGCGGGCGCAGCCUGGCGGGCGAGGUGUGCGCGCUGACGUCACGCGAGGCCGCCAUGCAGAGCAAGCCCCGCUCCGACGCGCUGCUGCUGCUGUGUCUGCGGACCGUCACGCACCUCGUGCCGCACCACCACUGCCGGGCCAUCAUCAUCAAGAGUGACGUGGUAACGUGUAUGUACAAGCUGCGCGUCCGCGAGCGCGGCUCGAGCCCGGCGGGCGCGUCUUGGGCGCGGUUGUGCGAGGCGCUGGCGCGGCACGCGGACGGCGCGGCCGCCGUGCUGGCGCUGCGCCCGCUGCUGGCCGCGCCGCCGCUACGGGCGCGGCUCAUGCCGGCGCUGGCGCAUGUUGCCAGGCAUCGCCGCUCGGCCGUCCUACAAGCGCCGGACCUGCUAGAGUUGCUGUGUGGCACGCUGCUGGCGGGAGACACGGGUGAGAUCGUGUCGGCGGCGCGGGCUGUUUGGGCGUUGGCUGCUAACAACCACAAAGCGAAACUACUGUUGCGUAGCGCAGGCGUAGCGUCGGCGGUGCAAUCCGCGUUGCAACGCGUGCAACGCCUACCCAGCGACGGAGCAACGCAACGCGCCGUGCAACUACUACUGUAUACACACUCCAUUCUCCACAACACUUGAGAUAUCACGACUUCUGGUUAAUCGUGAUGCAUACUCCUCAUUUAUUUAGAUACAUGGUUUAUUCACGGGUAUUUUUUAUUCACUCCCAAUAUUUUCUAGAAUCAAUGUUCGUAAAUAUUUUACCAAUUUUCUGGUUACUUGUGAAUGCACAAAAAAUAUUUUAGGUUUGAUAUCUGGUGUUUGGACAACCUUGAAAGUAUUAGGGGUGAGAAAUAUAUAUAUUUUUUACGGUUUUUUGUACUUACGGAAUUGAAACAAUCUAGUAGACGUCUUCCGCCACGUUCGUAAGUAAAGAGCCUCUUUUUUUCCUUGGUAUAGAAUGCAUUGCGAAGCGAUUGUGGUUAUCGUCUAUAAUUGUUUUAUAUGGAUACUUGACUGGCAUUUUCUAUUUCAUGUGGUAGAACAAAGGAAACAUUUUUUAUUGUUUCAACAUGGAAUACGAGACUUGAGUUUUUGAUAAACGUAUGGAAGUUUGACUAUAUAGGAAUAAAAUACUUGUGCAUUGACUGAAGUGCCUUCAAUUUUUCAGUAUUAGCGUUGCAUUUAUUUGACAUUGACGAUGUUUUGUUUUUAUUUGGGGUAGGUUGAUGUAAAAACGAUUUUAAUUUUUCACCGACACUUUUUAGUCGUGAAUGAAUUUUUAUUGUUAUUUUUAAAUGUGAAUAUAGAAUGUUUUACUUUAAUAUUUGCGACGCAAUAUGCCAAUGAUGGUGGUGCAAGAUUCGUGAGAAAAAUGAAAUAAAAAUAUUUUUGUCAAAAA